UAGGUUGGCCCUACCGUAACACGAGGGCAGCAGCACCGGGCUCUCGCCGUGACCCGCAGUUUCUCUGUCUAUUAAGUCAGAGAGGGUCGGUAGCGUCGCCUUUGGUGGGGUUUAAACAUAAGCUCUGAUCACUUUGCAUUAGGCAAGUUAGCAGGUGAACGCUGUUAUGAAACGGUCUUGCUGCUCUGUGUCAUGAGGCUGGCGUGGUUAUUUUUGCCCCGCUCUGACAGCGUGGCAUAUGCUGGCCUGGUGAUGCCACUGCCGGCCUGCUGCCACUCCUGCGUGGCCGCGUGAAGGCAGGCUGUGGGCUCCCCGUGCCAAGUGUUGCAGCAGGCGGUUCGUGUGGCUGCAGCGCUGGCACUCUGCUACCUGAACUUUUGUUUUCUGUGAAUGCAGACUGGUAUGUUCCUGGUGGUUAGACGACAGCCUGGUGACAGUCCUCUUGAUUAAUCAGAGAGGUGGUAUCUUAGACCCCUGUCUGCAACUCUGCAUAUUGUAUUUGAGUUAAUGUUUUGAUUCUCUGAUUCCUGGAUUGUCGUUCCACCUUUUGCUGUUGAUGGUAUUUUGCUUUAGGACUUCAUCCAGCUCUUGCUAUAGGUAUGUUGCUACUUGUGCAGUUAAACAGAAUGCGCAAGACAGCAAAUUGAACACAGAUACCGAAGAGUAAAGUAAGACAUCAAGAACAUAGAAGCAGAUGGCAAUAACUCCAGGUGGCGCACUGUAUUCUUGUUGGUCAUCUUUAGCUACAAGUAUUUCCCAAUUCCAUUAAAUAAUCCUCUCAUACUGGCAUAUAUAGCAAGGUUGUGUUUAAAGGAUUCUUUCCACUCUCAUUUUCUAGCUUUUCAAAUGGAAGCAUAGUAGUGGAACGAACAUGUGCCAGAUUGGUAGCAGAGUAUGCCUUUGUGAAAUCGCUCUGCAGUUUGCUACGGUUGUAAAUAUUUUGUCAGCUUUCUUCAUGAAAUAUUGAAGAACUGGUGCUCUGUAGUUUUGUUUCUGCGACGUUCACAGAAAUGCAGCUAGUGUCUCAUGGGUUCUGCUGUAAGCAUCAAUCGUAGAUCAAGGACAAGUUGUUCCACUUUAGAUGUGUCACCAAAGCAAACUGGGGCAGUUUGUAUGGAGGAAGAAAAUGGAAUGAAAUGUUUUGUUCUGGGUGGCAAGACUUUGACUUUCAGAGAGCUCAGACUAGUCUUCUGUAGCCCUUGAUGGUUUCAUUUGUUCUGCCCCAUUAAUUAGCUGACUCCCACAACACCCUUCCAGAGGAGAUGGGAUGUUAAGUGCAGCCGUUGCCUUCCUUCAUCUGUACCAACUUGGCCCUUUAGGCAGGGAUGCAAGGUGAGUCUUAGCAUAACGUAUUAUCUUGUGUGGGCCUGCUGUCUCACAUGCUGUGCUGCAACCACAGUUCCUUUUGUUUUUUUUUAGAUUUGACACAAUCAGUAUUUCUCUGAAGUUCAUCCUUUGCUCAUGUUGCCCUUUAUGUGGUCUUACGACAACUGGACCACUUUUUUCCAAGUUUUUGUCCACAUGGUUAUCCUGCCAAGAUACUGUGAGUUCACUGGUUACUCUCCAGCUGUUCCAGUUGUUACACCCUCAGAUUUUCUGUGGCGAUGGCACUGUUGUAUUGGUGUUCAUAUCAUUUAAUGGGAGGUCCUACUGGGAGAGUCUUACCCGUAUCCAAAAUAGUGCCUGGAGACUACCUGUAGAUUCACUUGACUAUAUUUCAUGAGGCACAAACCCUGUCUGGUUAGGUCCUUGAUACGCUGAGGCUUUUCCAAGAGCUCACAGUGAGUAACAGAUGCGGGUGAAAGAUCCAUCAAGAGCCAACCCCGAGAAACCAAAGCGAAGCAAAAGGCCUAACAGGCCACAGGAUGAGGACUCUUCAGACGAUAUUUCAGGCUUAACCUGCCAGCAUGUGAGCCAAGCAGUGGAUGUGCACCAUGUGAAGAGAGCGGUAGCUCAGAGUGUCUGGUCAAUAUGCGCAGAAUGUCUGAAGGAGAGGCGGAUGAGUGAUGGUGAGCCCGUGGCACCUUCAGACAUAUGGCUGUGUCUCAAAUGUGGCUCUCAGGGAUGUAGUAAAAACUCAGAAGGCCAACAUUCUCUGAAACACUUCCAGACAGCACGCACAGAACCCCAUUGCAUUGUUAUCAACCUCAGCACAUGGAUCAUAUGGUGUUAUGAAUGUGAUGAAGAGCUGUCAACACAUUGCAACAAAAAGGUUUUGGCUCAGAUAGUUGACUUUCUUCAAAAACAUGGUUCCAGGGCUGAACCAAGUUCAUCAAAAAUCAUACGACUCCGUGAAGAAAACAGUGAAACAAGUGAAAUACUGAAAGGAAAAAGUUCUGCUAAUGGUGCAUCAGUUCCAGUUAAAGGAAUAAAUAAUUUAGGAAAUACAUGCUUUUUUAAUGCUGUCAUGCAGAACUUGGCACAGACUCACGUACUAAAUGAACUGAUGUAUGAGAUGAAGGAGAAAGGAACAAAGCUAAAAAUCUGUCAUACUUCAGACUCCCAAUUGGAUCCUUUGGUGGUAAACCUCUCCAGUCCAGGACCUUUGACUUCAGCAAUGUUCUUGUUCCUUCACAGCAUGAGGGAGGCUGGAAGAGGCCCUCUUUCUCCCAAAGUGCUGUUCAGCCAGCUUUGUCAAAAGGCUCCUCGAUUUAAGGGGUUCCAGCAACAGGACAGCCAGGAGCUUCUUCAUUAUCUGUUGGAUGCGAUGAGGAUUGAAGAAACAAAGCGUAUACAAACUGGUAUCUUAAAAGCAUUUAAUAAUCCAACUACUAAGACAGCAGAUGAAGAAACUAGAAGAAGAGUCAAAGGCAAUGUUUUUUCAGCGUAUGGAAGAGAGGGUGUGAAGAUGAACUUCAUAGAUAGGAUCUUUGUUGGUGAAUUGACUAGCACUGUCAUGUGUGAGGAAUGUGAAAAUAUUUCAACAGUAAAAGAACCUUUCAUUGAUCUUUCACUACCUAUAAUAGAGGAGAGGGUUGCAAAACCUGUGCCUUUGGGAAGAACAGGUAAAGGUAAAACUGUACAAGAGGCAGAUCUUGGUCAGUAUAACUGUUCUAUCACUACACUGAAUAAUCAACCCAAAAUUGUCAAGAAACACGCUUUACCAAAAGAUAAGAAUCAAUUGAAUCAGGAGAGACGGCUUGCCAGAAAAGCUUCCUUGAAUGAAGAAGAAAGAAGUCCUGUUAUCAUGCAGGAAAAAAACAAAAAGCUUGAGCUGGAAGGUAGCUCUGGCAUCCUGUACUCCAAAGACACAACUGCUGAUUCUGCUGUAAAUGGAAGUCAGACAGAUGGCAGCGAGAAGGAAGCCAGCCGCUCUGAAAGCAGCUUUGAUGCAGACAGUGAAGCCUCAGAAAGUGAAAGUGCUCCUAAACAAACAGCUUUCAGCCCGUCCAGCAACAUGUCUGGUUUGCAUGUCAACCACAUAAACGUUAACAUGCCACACAACAAACCAAGUGACAGUAGUGAAGAGAUGAUUUCCACUUCCAUAUCCAAACUCUGCUUCUGUGAUGCUAUAAAUGAAGAUAAAAAAUUGAGCUGUGGAGAUUCAGCAUUAGGUUUAUCAAAUAACUCCAUGUUCUCAGUAGACAAAUGCCCGCUAUCCCAAAACCCUCAAAAUGCUUUCCAGACACUUUCCCAAAGCUACAUAACCAGCUCCAAGGAAUGUUCUGUUCAGUCCUGCCUUUACCAGUUCACCUCUGUAGAGCUCCUAAUGGGGAACAACAAGCUUUUAUGUGAGAGCUGCACAGAAAGGAAACAGAAGUAUCAGAAGAAAACCAACUCCACAGAAAAGAAGAUGGAAGGUGUCUACACAAAUGCUCGGAAACAGCUGCUGAUUUCUUCGGUUCCUGCUAUUCUUAUUCUCCACCUGAAAAGAUUCCACCAGGCUGGUUUGAGUCUACGGAAAGUGAAUAGGCAUGUGGAUUUCCCGCUGAUACUAGACUUAGCACCAUUUUGUGCUGCAUCUUGCAAGAAUGUUACGGAUGGUGCAAGAGUGCUGUAUAGUCUUUAUGGAAUAGUGGAGCACAGUGGGUCAAUGAGAGGUGGUCAUUAUGCGGCGUAUGUGAAAGUCAGGACACCCUCCAAGAAAUUAUUAGAGCAUAUUUCUACUACUAAAAAUGUUCUGGGUUUAAAAGAAGCCAUGGGAGCAUCAGGAGGACAGUGGGUGUAUGUUAGUGAUGCUCAUGUUCAGAUGGUUCCAGAAUCAAGAGUACUAAAUGCACAAGCGUAUCUACUUUUUUAUGAAAGAGUAUUACUAUAAUUCUCAACAGUUUAAUAUAAAAGAUGGUAGUGGUUAUUUAGUUUAUUUUACUUAAAGCUGCAGUGGUAAGAGUACCUGUAAAUAUUGUGCCUUUAUUUUGCAGAGAAUUCAUCAUAUGUUGACUCUGAAGUUCAGUCAAGCUGUUAAAAAUAUCUGAAUGGCUCUUAAAGUACGCACUUUGCCAAACAUUUAAAAUUCCUGGAUUCAUUAAAAUGCAGUACCAUUAGAAUGUAAGAUGAUGACCUGUCCUACUGAGGCCUAUGGAAAGGUUUUGAUAUUAAUAAAGAUAAGCUUUCACCCAUAGUUCUAAAAUAGUUGAGAAUAAAAAUGCUGGUAGCGUUAAGUGCCUGGAUUUGCUGGUGUACAGUAACAAUAGAAAGUAUUUCAACUUUUUGUGAUCUAGCCCAGAUCCUUCCCAUUGCUGGGUUGAAUGUCAGCUGUUAAGAUUUCUGCAAACAAGAACCUGUCAAAUCAUGUCACUUCGACAUGUAGUAAUUGGAAAGCACAGUGCUUCCAGAAUGGAGUAACAGCUGUCUCUGUGUAAUGCUGCAGUGCACUUUCCUGAUAGAGCUGGGAAUAGAUUGGGAAAAUGUGGCUUCUACAAAGUGAAAGUGAACCCUGAGAUAACCCUUUCAACUGUCUCUAUCUGGCACUGGUAUAGCAAUGUACUCCUUGUUUCCUAUAAAUAUAUUCUUCAUGUGCAUAUGUAUAUACAUGUGUGUGUGUGUAUAUACGCACACCAUAAAUCCAUCAAUAUAUAUUGUCAUUUUACCUACUAGGAAAGAAAAUUGCAAAUGAUUCUGUAUUUAGUAAAUUUUCAACCUCGUAAUUAUGACAAUGUACAGCAUAUGAGCUUGUGUAUGAAUAUGUAUGAGGUUUAAGUGUAACUAGGUAACUGUUACUUUUGGUUCUGAAUAUGAAUUUGUUUAUCUGUCCUGUAUACUUUUCUCACAGGAGUAAUAAACUAUAAAUUAUUUUUGCA